GAAAAAUCAUUCAAACCCCUCGGGUGUGUUGCUGCCACUGCUGCCACUGCUGCUACCACUUCCUUCUUACUAGUCUGGUCCUCCUACUCUUUUCGUCCUUAGGUCUCCAUAGUAUUAUUACCUAUCCUCAUUACUCAGACAAUCAGACAGUCAGACAGCACCUAGGUACCUAAUCAACACCUAUCACGAGGUGGAUAUUCCAGCUUCAACCAUUUACCCCCGCCCGCUGCUUUGGAUUUGCUACGGCAUUUUCGUUGCAUAAAAAGCGCCUUUUUCUUCUUAUAUUGGCCAGCUCGUCCCCGCCACGGAGCUAUUUGUUUUCAUAAUCCGCAGGAUCAUACCGUGUUCGGGUGGCCAAGGAUCUAUUAAAUAAUAUAAUAAGAGCGAGCGAGUGGUGGGAGCGGUCAAACUUUUCCUACCGCGCAACCUUCACUUAAAGCUUCGAACCCGAAUUAUCUAUCGUAGUAUUCGCCGGGUCACCACCGACCGGAGGCUCUCGAAGUCACCAAGUAAUGUACGAACGAGCCGCUAAUCGGUUACCUGCUUCGGGGACAUAAUACCUAAUAAUGCUUUCGAAUCGUUCCUUCAGGUCCCAGUGGUCACUGCGCCGCGGGGACCCGCCAUACCCUGCUAUCGUUUCACCAUACUACAAACAAUGGAUAUAUAUGGUAGUGAUCAUCCUGAUCAUUUCCUCUUGGAUUCCUCUAGCGGCUGCUACUUCACUGGAAGACACCCCACGAUCGACUGAAACAAAUCUACUAAUUGAUACGCGGAUACCGGUUUUCGUCAACGGUCGCUGGCUGAUCAUGUCCCAAGACGAGCAUCGCCAGCUCGUCCCCAGGCAGCAAGAGACGUUUACAGUCGACGUCUCGACAGCUACAGCUACUAAAGACGUAUCUGUUGAAGCAACCUCUGUUGCGACAGGCCCUCUUCCCACGCCUUUCGACGGUGCACUCGCUGCGAAUUUCUCCGGUGAAGAUGGAGAGGGAUCUUGCCUCGAUUUUAUCAACAGUUUUCUGCAGGACCCAACAUUUCAAGCCUGUUAUCCUCUUUCCUUACUUUUAAAGAACUCGGUUUCAUUUUUCCAGGCUAUGAAAUCUGUAGUCAAAAUCACGCAGGUCGUCGAAACAGCGUGUAAAGCAGACAAGCAGUCUUGCACUACUUACCUGAACGACCUUGCUAAGAAGCUCACAUCCGACCAAAAUUGCGGACAAGAUUACAACGACCGAAAUGACUUAGUGGUGCAGGCCUAUAAGGGAAUGAAAUCAUACGAAGAGAUAUACGGCGCCACGUGUUUAUAUAAUGCGGACACUUCGACAUAUUGUUUUGUCAACGCGGUCACGAACCAAACAACUGCUUCCAACGUAUAUCUUUACAAUUUACCUUUCAACUCAUCCCUUCCCGAAACAGCUGUGCCUGCGUGCGACACCUGCACAAGCGAAACGAUGAAGAUUUAUCAAUCAGCGGCGGCCGAUCGAAGCAAAUGGAUAGCGAGCACUUACGUCAAAGCAGCCGAACAGAUAGACGCGAACUGCGGUGGGAACUUUGUCAGCGCAGCACUUCCCGAACCAGUUCAGAAUAGUGCCGCGACGUCUAUAGCAGAAGCACCAUCUCUACUCAUGCUAUCAAUUUUAUUCGUGCUUAUUUCGCACUGGUUUCGAUAGCAGCUUACAAAACCCGUGAUCGAUAUUUCGAUUCAACAGCAAUUCACUUCUUGGGGCGUCUUCGGAAUAGGGCAUAAGCAUGAGCAUACUGCAUGCUUGUUUUAGAUACGGGCUUGGGAUACUGGAUCGGGACGACUGCUUUUACGAAACGGUAACACUACACACCGGGGUACUUUUUUUUCUUUUUCUCUUCUUUUUUGAUACCCACUCGAUAUUUCUCGGCUUUCUCUUCUUUCACAGCAUAAACCCUUUUUUAUUCAUUUCUAUUUAUAUUGUUAAUCAACAACGACUUCCUUACUACUAUUAUGGAGUAAUAGAUGGAGGAUUGCAUACACGAGGAGAUGCGACGCGAGCACAUACGAAGUGGUACAUGUUACCUCGAGGCUCUACCUAGGUGGACAGGUGUAUUAAACUUGAGGUGGUGGCUCUUGUCGAUCCGGAUGCGUGUCUGAGACAUAGGGCGAAGCACGCUUACCCAAGGCCAUCGAUCCUACGAUUAAAAUAGGAAUUCCUGUACAUAACUUGCAGCCUACCUCGUUUACUGUUUGCGUUAUAUAUUACCUAGUCGACCACGUGGGUAGGCAGAAUAGGCUAA